GUGGGUCCCAGAGCUCUGCAGUCCCUACCCAGGGAUUCCUAGUCCUUCCCCAGUGAGUCCCAGCUCUUCUCCAGCACCUCCCAGUCCCUGCCCAGUGUGUCCCAGUGCCCCCAGCCCUUCUCCAGUGGGUCCCAGUUCCCCCAGCCCUUCCCCAAUGGUUCCCACUCUUUCCCCAGUGUGUCCCAGUGGCCCCAGACCGUCUCUAGUGGGUCUCAGUGCCCCUAGCUCUUGUCCAACAGGUCCCAGUCCCUCCCUAGGUAUUCCCAGUCCCUCCCUGUGCCCCCAGCCUUUCUCCAGUGGGUCCCAGUCCCUCCCCAGUGUGUCCCUGUGCCCCCAGCUCUUCUCCCACUGUUCCCAGUCCCUCCCUGGGUACUUCCACUCCUUCCCCAGUGUGUCCCAGUGGCCCCAGCCCUUCUCCAGUGGGUCCCUGCACCUCCCCAGGGACUCCCAGUCCUUCCCCGGUGGGUCCCAGUGCCCCGGUGACAGGCUGGGUGCCGCAGCGCUUCGGGUGCCGGCCCGGCUGAUGUCGGCGGAGGCGGCAGAGCGGCGUUCGCCCAGCCGCAGCUUUGAGACGCUGCGGGUGACGUCGGAGCGGGACCAUAUCCUGCACGUGGAGCUCCACCGCCCUGAGAAGAGGAACGCCAUGAACGUGGCAUUCUGGAGGGGGUCGGGGGGGCUUUUCCCCCCAGCUGGGAAUGGGGGAUGGUCGGUGACGGCACGGCCCUGGGCAGGGAUCGACCUGAUGGAUAUGGGCAGCGCCUUCCUGAUGGUGGAGGGCGAGGACAUGGCCAGGAAGGCCUGGAACCUGCGGCGGAAAAUCCGCGACUACCAGGAGACCUUCUCGGUGCUGGAAAAGUGCCCGAAGCCGGUGAUCGCGGCGGUGCACGGCGCCUGCAUCGGUGCAGGUAUCGAUCUCAUCUCUGCCUGCGACAUCCGCUACUGCACCCAGGACGCCUGGUUCCAGGUGAAGGUAGGCAGGUGGGGACCCUCAGCGCAGAGCUCCGGUUUGGUGAGCCGGGUUUUUGCCGACAAGGAGAUGCUGCUGCAGGGAGCCUUGGAAAUGGCUGCCACCAUCGCGGCUCGGAGCCCCGUGGCCGUGCAGGGCACCAAGGUGAACCUGGUCUACUCGCGGGACCACCCCGUCUCCGAGGGCCUCCGUUAUGUGGCCACCUGGAACAUGAGCAUGCUGCAGACCGAGGACAUCCUCAAGUCGGUGCAGGCGGCGAUGGAGAAGAAGGGUCCCGAGGACAUUCCCUUCUCCAAGCUGUAG